AUGUCAGGCAUGGAGGGCCAAGGCGACAACUAUGCGACCACGAGCGACAUCGCGAGCCUCCGCACCGACAUGGAGCAGACGCAGGCGGCGCUACGACGACUCGAGGCCCUUCUGACACACCAACCAGGAAUCGCCACCGCAGCAGCAGCGACGGCAGCAGCGAACGUAGCAGCGACAACACCAGCAGCAGUGGCGACACCGACAUUUCACGGACCGAUGGCACCACUGUCGCCGAACCUCGAAGCAGCACGACCGAGGCUCCCUGAAGCGUUCGAUCCCAGCGCGAAGGGAUCCGACGUCCGGCGAUUCGUGGCAACCCUCGAAAUUUACUUCGAGGCCAUUGGCUGUUCGACCCCGACACACGACGCAGCAAGGAUUCGGCUCGCAGCGACACUGUUACGUGGACCGGCACUGGAGUGGAUUUACUACACUGACGUGGCCCGCGGGGAGAAAUCGUGGGCGCAGUUUCGGGCAGACUUAAUCGAACCGCAGCAGAAACCACUACUCCUCGAGGUGUUAUGCAAUGGGCGAUGCCUCCAGGCACUGGUGGACAGCGGUGCAUCUCACUCAGUGUGUGACCGCGGAACAUUGGAGAAAAUUGGAGAGAAGGCGGAGGAGACCCAAUUCUCUGCAACAAUGGUGGACGGUACGAAGCUUCCCAUCCACGGCGAAGCAUCACUGCAGCUGCACAUAGGGGCGCUAAGGUGGAAGCCGACGUUGCCGAUCACCAAUAUCAAGGGACUAGAUUUCAUCUUGGGGCGAGAUUUCCUGAAGCGGUUCAACCCCGAGAUAGAUUGGGUCAACAGCAAAGUGUGCAUCUACAACAACGGGAAGCGGAUAACACUGCAAAGCUGGACGGAUACAGGGGACAUUCCUGAGACGACACUGGCACGGCUCGAACAGAUGGUAAACGAGAGCAACACGGGUUACUUAGCACUGGUCAUGGCAGCAGCAGAGGAGGAGAAGCCGAGUUCCGAGCUACCUGCAGCAGUGAAGGAGGUCUUGGAGCAGUACAAGGACAUAAUGCCCGACGACCUACCUGCAGGCGUACCUCCAGCACGCACCCACGAGCACGAGAUCGUGGAGGAACCAGGUGCGAAACCCGUCUCACGUGCACCAUACCGACUGAGUCCGACCGAGCUGACAGACAUGAAAAAACAGAUCGAAUAUUUACUGGACAGACAACUGAUCCGCCCAUCCACAUCUCCCUACGGUGCACCAGUUCUCUUCACACCAAAACCAGACGGCAGUUUACGGAUGUGCAUCGACUACCGCGCACUGAACAAACAGACAGUUAAAAAUAAAUACCCCAUACCGCGCAUCGACGACUUACUGGACCAACUGCGUGGUGCAACAGUUUUCUCGAAGCUGGACCUACGGUCGGGUUACUGGCAGAUCAAGAUGGCGGACAACUCGAUCCACAAGACGGCGUUCCGUACAAGAUACGGCUCCUACGAAUACUUGGUGAUGCCGUUCGGACUCUGCAACGCACCCGCGACGUUCCAGGCAGAGAUGAACCACAUCCUCCGGCCCCUGCUGGACGAAUGCGUAGUAGUGUACCUGGACGAUAUCCUCAUCUACUCUAAGAACAUGAAGGAGCACGUGGAGCAUCUGCGGAAGGUGUUCGAGAUCCUGCGGAAAAAUAAGUUCUACGUGAAGCUGUCGAAGAGCGACUUCGCCCUGAAGAAGGUGCAGUUUCUCGGGCACAUGGUGAGUGCCGAGGGCAUACACGUGGACCCGCGGAAGAUCGAAGCCGUUAAAAAGUGGAAAGUUCCGGAGAACGUGAAGGAGUUACAGCAGUUCCUCGGCUUCGCCAACUACUACAACAGGUUUGUGCCGCAUAAGAAGUUACACGGAGCAGAACUGAACUACCCCAUUCACGACAAGGAAGCCUUAGCUAUAGUCGUAGCCUUCAAAGCGUGGAGGUGUUACCUAGAGGGAGCCAAGACCACAGUCUACACUGACCACUGCAGUCUUAAGUACCUGAAGUCGCAGCCGACGCUCUCACGACGACAGGUGCGGUGGGUGGAUUUCUUGGAAACUCACUUCCACUACGACAUCGUCUACAAACCCGGGCUCCACAACAAAGCUGACGCGUUGAGCCGCCCCGGUCAUGUAGCAGGCAUCCAGCUCGACGGGAUGAACCCUCUGCUCAAGGGUCUAUUCCAACAUGGGUACUCCGUGGACGGCGAGAUCGCAACGGCAGAGAAACAGAAGCUGUUACAGUGGGAGAAAGACUUAGCGGUAAGGAAGGGUUCAGGAAAGAUUUGGGUACCGAACUACGCCCCGCUACGGCAGAUCCUUCUAGAGGAGUUUCAUGACGUACCAUACGCGGGACAUUUCGGGAGCAACAAGACGUUAGCGGGAAUAGCGAAGUAUUACUACUGGCCCCGGGAGGCAGCAGACGUGCAGCAGUUCGUCACCUCAUGCGACACGUGCCAGCGGAUGAAGAGUAGCAAGCAGAAAAAAGCAGGGUUACUGCAGCCUCUACCCGUACCGGAGCAGCCAUGGCAGGUCGUUAGCCUCGACUUCAUCACAGGACUUCCCUCGACCUCACGGGGACACGAUUCCAUCCUCGUAGUAAUCGAUAAGUUCUCCAAAAUGGGUCAUUUUAUUCCGACCAACGCCACGGCCACUGCUGACGCAACUGCUCGCCUCUUCUUCGACCGCAUCAUCACCAUCCACGGCAUCCCCGCUACACUUAUCUCAGACAGAGACCCAAAAUUCACAAGUAAGUUCUGGAAGGAGCUUAUGGGACUGCUGGGGACCAAGCUUGCCAUGUCUUCAGCAUACCAUCCCCAAACUGCAACAAACGGAGCGACUCAACCAGGUGGUUGA